AUGUCAAUUGGUGAUAUGAGUUACCUGGGACCAGUUGGCUGCCCGAUUGUCAAUAUUUUACUCGAUCUCUGUCUGAUUGUGUCUGAGUUCAACAUCACUUUAUUUACAAUUGAGAGGUUUAUCGCAAUUUGCCACCCUUUAAAGGCACAACGUCUGAGUUCAAAGUCCCGAACAUUUAAGCUAAUCGCAUUUAUAUGGGUGUUAGGGGCCGCAUUUUGUGCUCCUCUGCUCUAUUUUUACGUGGAAUGGCGAACUAUUUGCAUCGUGUGGACCGGGAUGAACGAAACGGAAUCACUUCCACCGAGCACUUCGAACUGCUGGAGAGGUUACGAGAAUACCGCUCAGGCAGCCGUGUACACCAUGACACCAGUAGUGAUAUUUAUAACAGUUUUCAUAACAAUAACAGUUUUAGAUAUUCUAACUGCGGUCGGACUUCGGAAAAGUGCAAAAAUGUGCACCGCCAACUUCGCGCCUGCUGUGUUGAAGUUACGACACAAACGAGAGCGAAGCGUCGUCGUAAUGUUAGUAGUGACAGCUACCGUAUAUUUUUUAUGUCUAUUUCCCUAUCAUUUGGAACUAAUAUUCACGUUUUACAACUAUUUGCAAGAGGAUUAUGAUAAGUGGAUUAUUACCGGCGAUGUGUGGGGGGAAUUUGUGAGAUGGUUGCCCAUGGUGAAUUCCACGAUUAAUCCCAUAGUGUACGGUCUAAUCGGGAAACAGUACCGCCAAGCCUUCAAGAGGGCGCUAUGUUUCUGCGGACAAGACCGAAGAACCCGGUUUUUCAGUGAAAAUCGACGGGAUACUUUUUCUACGUCUAUACGAAGUAGUCGUAGAAGUAGAGCGGAAAGUCAAAACCGAGCCGAAGAUGUGCAAAUGGUUCCUAUAGACUCAGCCGAGGUUCGUGAAACCAGAACUAAAGAGAAUGUUUCUUCCGGAAGUGAUAUUCAAAUUAAAAUACAAGAAACUGAAUCUGGCGUUAACAAUAACACUAAGAUCACGUCUGGUCAGGACAGUGUUACAUUCGUCAUAAACGCAUUAGAAGUCGGUCAAAUAAAAAGUAAAAAUACAGGUGACGGAUUUCUCAGAGAACUGGAUAACAUAUAUUUUUGA